AUGCCUACCCCCUUGGACAAUUUCGUCCGUUCAUACUGUUUGACCGCACAACCCUCCACCGCGGGGGAAGGCUCAAAGGCCGAUGGGCAUGGUGAUCUCCUCCCUAUACCGAUGUGGCGGAUCACAACCAAGAUCGAAGGUGUCACCGACAACAACAUCGAUUGGGUGAAGGCUUUGGUGGCUGUGAUUGACUUCCAGUAUUGCACUGGCUGGGCAAAACCGAUCUGUGUGCCGGUGCCAGACGCGUUGUCGUUGUGUCAAAAGUCCGCAAUCACAGAGUUAGCUGGCGUGGUUGAUUCUAACAUCCUGUCUGCUGAUACACUAUUGCCCUUUGCGGACUGUGAUCGCCUUCUCUCCUCAAAGAAGUAUGACUAUGCCGGGCGACCCGUGGAAUACAUGGAGGACCUGGUGUGCGACAAAGUGGUCAUGGCAUGGCCGAGGAGGGGUCAGGCCGGCGUGCAGUCCAUUGAAGCCUUUCUGACCCCUGAGACCCUUGCAGCGUUUCAAGACCCCCACAAGCUGCUCCUCCCGCGGGAAAGAAUGCCCUCAAACGCUCCACGCUCGCGGGUCAGAGCCAGUGACGCUGAAUGGUUCAAGAUCGUUGAAGCGGCGUGGGAGCGUGGCAUGAUGCGUCCCGUCAACGAUGCAGAUGUCCCGCGGGACAGGUCUGGGCACCUCAUUACAAAUGGUGCUGGGGCUGUCUUCAAGGAAAAGAUGGUUGACGGCAAGACAAUUGCCGCACAGCGGUUUAUCUCAAUCCUUUGCCCGAUCAAUGCAGUGACGACCCCUCUGGUGGGGGUACAGGAUACGUUGCCCUACAUUGGUCAAAUCACUGGACUCAUGCUGGAAGAAGAUGAAGCCCUGUACCUGGAGAGUGAAGACCUGCAGUCGGCGUUCAACCUGUUCUCUGUCCCGGACAGAUGGCUGCCCUUUUUCAGUUACAGCAAGAAGGUGGACGGGGCGGCGAUGGGCCUCCCUGCGGGCACUAUGGUCAGGCCAGCCCUGUGCGUGAUCCCAAUGGGCUGGCAUUCCGCAGUGGGACUGGUUCAAGAAGCGGUGCGUGAUGUGGUUUUCCGGCGCGCCGGGGUACCUCGAACCAUUUCCACAGAAAAGCACCGACCGCUGCCUGAGGGCAAGAGUUUUGCGGUGGUCUACCUGGACAAUUUUGAUGAGAUGGAGAUCAUCAAGAAGGUUGACCUGGAGAUUCACAAGGAGGGCACUGGCAUGUCCGAUUACCACCAGCGCUUCAAUGCGGCAUGCGACGAGGCGGGAUUGCCCCGCAACGAGAGCAAGCAGCUGAUCCAUGCUUUUGCAGGCGGAAUGCAAGGUGGUGAAUUUGACGGCAUGAGGGGCGUCUUAAAGUUGGGCUCGGACAAGCUGCGCAACUACAUCCAGCUCAGCCUCGCUCUUUUGGCCCGCCGAUCAUGGAAUGAAUUUCAGCUGCGGCACUGGACAGGGAAAACGGCUUUCCUGGCAACCUUCAAGCGGUCGCUUUUCUCAGGCAUGGGCAACAUUUUCAACCUGAUCGAGGCCUCCAAGUGGAACGAUGUAAACCCGACUCUUGCUGUAGCAGACGAGAUCAUGGUCCUGUGCAUUCAAUCGCCGCUGAGCCAAACAAACCUCAGAGCAAAGUUGUCCACCGAGGUGUCAUGCACAGAUGCAUCGCCGACGGGGGGAGGUAGUUGUACCGCCACUGCGUUUGUGAAGGACUGUCUCGGAGUUCCCGAGAAACUGCAGUUCGAGGGCAAGUGUGGUCAAUGCCAAGGAGAGAUGGGCAGCGACCCUACCGUCGGCUACCCCUGUCCGAAUGGCUGUGGCGUGUUCGGUUGCUGUGUGGACUGCAUUGCUGCCCAUCGACACGCCUGCGGGCGGGGAAUGUUGGGGCGAGCUACAUUUGGUGAAAGGUUCUCCGGACCGAAUUGUCCCCUUACCAAAGCAGUAGCCCUUGAGGGCAUUUUUGUCCAGCCACCGCUCGACAAACUGAGAGAUGGCAACUGGGAUUUCUUUUCCCCGGCUGGCAAGGAGUGCUUGGAAGGUUUGGAGGAUGACAGCCAUCUGUCUGCAUCGCAUUGGGCGCCCGAAUGUAAGACAUACUCUUCAGCCAGAGGCAGACCUUUCUGGACUACAUCAGGACGCUACCUCCAAGGACCACCGGCCCUGAGGAGCCAUGAAAUGCCUUGGGGGGUGCCUAACUUGUCCCCAGACAACCAAGUGAAGGUCAGGCAAGGGAAUGCAAUGGGACGGCGCUCCCUGCAGGGACUACAUGACGCCCAUGAAAGGGGGCGGUUUGCUUCAGUGGAGCACCCAUGGUCAUCAAUUUUUUGGUCAACUCCUGAAGCGAUGGAGAUCUGUGCUCUGCCGGGACAGCGCACCAAAUGGACAGCACUGGUCCACAACAUUCCAGAGCUGCACAGGGCUCUGCACAAGCCCGACUGUGGCGGACACCCGGGCCUCCUGCCGUAUGAAGUUCAUGAGGUGCAAGGGGGCCUGCAAUUCGAUACCACGGCCGAGGCCGAGUACCCAUGGCGCAUGUGCCGGGUUUAUGCGCAAGCUCUCAAAUCCCAACUGCAACUGCUGUCCCCGUCUCCGUCUGCGGGCGUGUUUGACGAGGAAGGUGAAAUUAUGGCGGCCCUGAGAUUCUCAACUCGUGGGCUUCAGAACCCUGUGAUUGCGUCGCGUGCAGCCAUGCGGGUCUUGGAGGUGAUCCGCACAAUGGUUCCUGGCAAGGAGAAGGAGCACCUGAAAACGAUGCUGCGCCAUGUCUGCUUGCGUGGCACUGGCGUGAAGCUGUUGUCGUCAGCUGAAGACGGCAGUCAAAGCAUGAUGUCGCCUUAUCCUGCUUUCAAGUGGGAUUGGAAGGUGAAGUUGGCCUUUGCUUGGCGGCAGCAUCAACACAUCAACAUUCUGGAGGUCUCGGCGUUCCUGGUGGAGUUCAGACGUCGAACAAGGCAGCGUGCUCAACUGGGAUGCCGCUACUUCAAUAUCACCGAUUCUCAGGUGACGUUCCACUGCCUCACAAAGGGACGAUCAAGUUCACCUCGCCUCAACCGCCUUCUUCGUAGAGUGAAUGCCCUGGCCCUUAUGAGCGGCACUUUGCCGAUUCACCUCUGGACGAUUAGCAAAUGGAACGAAGCUGAUCGUCCGAGCUUUGGCCUCCCGCGAUCGUACGUACGGCUGGAUCAACUCUUGGCCGAGUACAUCAACCACUUGUUUCAGGAAGGGGACUCUUUGACAAAAGCCGGCUGGGUACUUAGUGGGAUCAAGCGCCUCUACCCGCGGGUAAGAAAGGAGGUGGCAAUCUCUCAACAGUGGUACAAUAACUGGUGUCGUGAGCAUACACCAAGAAGAGCCACACCCAUUACCUGGCCCUUGAUCCAAGCUUUCACUGGCCUCUGCCUACUUCUGAAAUGGGUUCGUUUAGCGACUCUUUUCCUUCUGAGUUUUGUCUUUUUCCUCCGGACUGGAGAGACAUUGGCUCUGCGGAGCGGUGAUAUCCUUUGCAACCUGGAUGACGGCUCAAUCAUCCUACGACUGGCUGCGUCGAAGACCUCUCCUUCUGCCCAGCAAAGUUUGGCUCAUUUUGACCUGCGGUUGUCCCAGCUGCUGCGCUGGUUACUUUUCAUUUUGGCGCGGACGAAGUUCUGUGGCCUUUUUCAGGGACGCAUUUUCGCCAAUGCUUCUCUGCAAUUUGCGCUUUCUUUGAGCUGCAGCACCUGCAGCUGGUUCCGUACAGCAUCAGAAGAGGCAGUGCACGAGUAUUUGACCCAAUGUGCUGUUGAGUUUCGGCUCCCCUCGGCCACCCGUCCCAGAGGUGUGUGGGCCUGUGGUUUCAAGCCAGACACUGCUUGCAGACUGUACUGCUUGCAUCUCACGAAGGCUCUCAGCAAGAGAAUGGCCUUACAAGAAUCGAAGAACUGGCCCAGGUACCUUCCUUUGCCAAUCAGCAUUGCCAAUCUGACGAAUGGACUCAAGGUGAGUGGGAUGACUGGUGGCGAACGUCUUCUUCCCCUCCAUCAGAAGUUCCCGAAGUUCCUGCUGAAGAUCCACCACAAGCUCCACCUGCGGCAGCCACUGCUGCGCCUCAAGUUGCUGCUGCAGAGCCGGCUACACCUCCUGGUGACAUGGGCUCUCCUACUGGCCGAACACCUUCGCGCCAGUCUGGAAGAGUGCCUCCACUGGUUCCUGAGAAACGAGAUGAUCACUGCGGAGCAGUCCAAGCAGUUGACCAGCAUGGCGAAGCAAAGCACACCGAAGAAGGCACCAGCUCAGCCUUUCGAUCCUUCCAGAGAGAUCAACGAAGCUCCAAAGCCUUCCAACGUGCUGUUCCACGACGGCUACAAGACGAAGCCGAAGACACCUCCUGGGAGCCCAACUCCAUCCUGGGAGGCAAUCAGCGAAGCGCCGACUCCUGCCGAAAUGGAAGCUCUUCUGUCCGAAGAGGAGAAGAGCAAGCUGAAGCAGGUGAUUCAAGAGCGCAAGGGCCAAGCUCAGUCAUCGAUGGCUGCUCCAUGUCAAAACGCCAACAACGAGGAGAGCGAGAUGAACUGA